AUGGCCACGCUGCACGUCGGCGACCGCAUCUACCUCAGCGAGGGCGAGGGCGAAGGCGCGCUGCUCGGCGUCGCCGGCCCGGGGAGUGAGCAGAUGGGCGCUUGCGAGGGCGCCGCGCCCUCUGCGCGCUUUGCGAGCGAAUGCGUCUUUGAGGUGCGCCAGCAGCACAACUACGCUGCUGCCAAGCAGAUCCGGGCGCUGGUCGAGUCGGUCGGCCGGUCGGCGCUCGAGCUGGCCGCCGACCCUGCGCACAGACGCCUCUUCGAAGACCGAGAGAGGGAGCGCGAGGCGAAUGCCGCCGCCUUCGAGCGGACUGCCGGCCGCGAGGUGAGGUACGGGCAGGUCAUCCAGCUGCGCAAUGCGUACAGCGGCGCGCUGCUGGCCGUCACGCGGCGCUCGGCACACGUCUCCAAGGAUGCGCGCCGCGUGACGCUCGAGGCGGAGCCGGGCGAGGCCGCGUGGCUUCGCAUCACGCCACGGCUCCGCAUCCACGCAGAGGGGCAGCGCGUGCAGCUCGGCGACCCGCUCCUUCUGGAGCACGUCUCCACGGGCCUCAGGCUGCGAGUCGAGCGGCUGGGAAGGCUUCCCGAUGGCCGGCGCGAGCUCUGCGCCGCGGGCGACCCCACGUCGCUCAAGAUCGAGCGGUAUCGCCAGCAUGUGCCGGCGGUGGCCGUGCAUGUGUGUAUAUUGCGGGUGCAUGAUCCACGGUAA